CCCCUCCCCUCCCCUCACCCUCUCUACGUCAUGCUUCUAGAUGGACUCCUACAGCCUGGGAGUUGUCUUCUUUGCCUGUGUGACAAGAGUUGAGCCGGAGGAAGGCGUCGACUACCUGAGGAGGGUCAACACUGACACAGCUAUUUCAAUACCACACAAUGUCUUGCUGAACAUGUUACUGUGGGCGGACCCCAAAGUCAGGUCAAGGACAAAGGAAAUCCUCUUCCAACUGCAAACCCAUUCUCUGACUGAGGAGACCAGUGCAGCUGUCAACCGACCAAGCUCUAUAGAUUUUCAUAUUAAUCAUGUGUGUGUUGUUGGUGGUGGUGAAAAUGAUGAUGAUGAUGAUGAUGAUGAUGAUGAGGAAAAUGAAAUAGAUGUUUGUACUUGAGAUGAUAGAGGGGAAAGUU